UUUGAACGCACACACCAGCCGGAAUCCACCGACGCGUCUAAGUACGUCCACGAGGAUUUGGGCAUUGCCAGCUUCAUUAUCAGUCUCUGGAGCAACCCUUUUGAUGGAGAAUAUUCUUCCACCGAAUACAAACCUAGUUUUGUCGAUCUUGGCUGUGGGAAUGGCUUUCUAGUGAACAUAUUGGCCAACGAAGGAUAUACUGGAUACGGCAUUGAUUUAGCUAAAAGAAAAAUAUGGGAGAACUAUUCUCCAGAAGUUACUUUACUUCAAAAAUCACUUGAUCCAUUGAAUGAUUCGUUCGAACAAGAUUGGAUUAUUGCCAAUCAUCCUGAUGAACUCACUCCUUGGAUACCAAUGAUUGCAUCGAGAAAAAAUAACAAAUUCUUUAUUCUCCCAUGCUGCGAGUACGAUUUCAGCUCGAAAUAUUCAGCUAAAGGUAAUAUACCCAAAUAUGCAUCGUAUUUGUUAUAUAUUAAGAAAAUUGCUACUAUUUGUGGUUAUGACGUGGAGGUUGAGCAUUUGAGGAUUCCUUCUACUAGGAACAUCGCUAUUAUUGGGAGAAGGCGCUCCGUUGACAUCAGCGACAGUUCGGUAGUAGAAUCAAUUGAAAUAGCUCAGCGACAGUGCUUGGCUGAUGCAAACUUUACAAAAUUUGUACCUAGAGAGAAAAAAAGUAGAAAGCAUAAAUAA